GGCGGGGGUGCGCCCGAGAGUGCCCUGGCGUGUUCGCUUAGUUCAGUGAAUCAGAACAAUGACUGCGCCGCCGGGUCCCCGGGAGCGCGUCGGGAGACUGUGAGCAGCUGCUGCCGGGAGAGCGGCGGGCGGCGCAGCCUCGGUGGCGCGGUGUCAACGCCAGGCUUGAGAGCUGCUAGCACAGACCCUGCCCAGCGCCCGCAGCCCGCGCGGGGCUGCCGGGCUCCUGCGCUUGCAGCCGCUACUCGCGAGCUGUGCAUUGUUGUGAGCUGGUUGAGGGGCGCGGGGAUUACAAAGCCUGGAAACCCCAGAGCCCCCCUUUAGCCAUGUGGAUACCUACGGAGCACGAGAAAUACGGCGUGGUUAUUGCCAGUUUUCGAGGAACUGUCCCAUAUGGCCUGUCAUUGGAAAUUGGGGACACAGUUCAGAUCCUGGAGAAGUGUGAUGGCUGGUACAGAGGAUUUGCCUUAAAAAACCCAAAUAUCAAGGGUAUAUUUCCUUCCAGCUAUGUUCACUUGAAAAAUGCCUGUGUAAAGAACAAAGGACAAUUUGAAAUGGUUAUUCCUACUGAAGACUCCGUUAUCACAGAAAUGACAUCAACAUUAAGAGACUGGGGAACCAUGUGGAAACAACUCUACGUGAGAAAUGAAGGUGAUCUCUUCCACCGGCUGUGGCACAUCAUGAAUGAAAUCCUGGAUCUGCGGCGCCAGGUGCUGGUUGGCCAUCUUACCCAUGACAGGAUGAAGGAUGUGAAGCGACACAUUACUGCCCGCCUUGACUGGGGCAAUGAACAACUAGGACUGGACCUGGURCCUCGGAAAGAGUAUGCAAUGGUGGAUCCAGAGGACAUCAGUAUUACUGAGCUCUACCGAUUGAUGGAACAUCGACAUCGGAAGAAGGACACCCCAGUGCAGGCCAGCAGUCACCAUCUCUUUGUCCAGAUGAAGAGCCUUAUGUGUUCCAACCUGGGAGAGGAGCUGGAGGUCAUCUUCUCCCUCUUUGACAGUAAAGAGAAUCGACCAAUCAGUGAGAGAUUUUUCUUGAGACUGAAUAGAAAUGGGCUUCCCAAAGCCCCAGAUAAACCAGAACGACAUUGCUCUCUCUUUGUGGAUUUGGGUAGCAGCGAGCUAAGAAARGACAUCUAUAUCACCGUGCACAUCAUCCGAAUUGGUCGAAUGGGAGCAGGAGAAAAAAAGAAUGCCUGCAGCGUCCAGUACCGGCGACCCUUUGGUUGUGCGGUUCUUAGCAUCGCAGAUCUGCUAACAGGAGAGACAAAGGAUGACCUUGUCCUGAAAGUGUACAUGUGUAAUACAGAGAGUGAGUGGUACCAAAUCCAUGAGAACAUCAUCAAGAAGCUGAAUGCACGCUAUAAUUUGACUGGCUCCAAUGCAGGGUUAGCCGUUUCCCUCCAACUAUUGCACGGAGACAUUGAACAAAUCAGAAGAGAGUACUCAUCCGUCUUUUCUCAUGGAGUAUCCAUAACAAGGAAGUUGGGUUUUUCUAAUAUUAUCAUGCCUGGUGAAAUGAGGAAUGAUUUAUAUAUCACCGUAGAAAGGGGAGAAUUUGAGAAAGGAGGGAAGAGUGUGGCCAGAAAUGUGGAAGUUACGAUGUUCAUUGUAGAUAGUAGUGGCCAGACCUUAAAGGAUUUUAUCUCCUUUGGCUCUGGAGAGCCUCCAGCUAGUGAAUACCACUCCUUUGUGCUUUAUCAUAACAACAGUCCCAGGUGGUCCGAACUGCUGAAACUGCCUAUUCCUGUGGAUAAGUUCAGGGGCGCACACAUCCGCUUUGAGUUUCGGCAUUGUUCCACAAAGGAGAAAGGGGAGAAGAAGUUGUUUGGUUUCUCCUUUGUGCCCCUGAUGCAGGAAGAUGGCAGGACCCUUCCGGAUGGCACCCAUGAGCUCAUUGUGCACAAGUGUGAAGAAAACACAAACCUUCAGGAUACUACCCGCUACCUCAAGCUUCCGUUUUCCAAGGGCAUUUUCCUUGGGAAUAAUAAUCAAGCCAUGAAGGCAACAAAAGAGUCUUUUUGGAUAACAUCUUUUCUCUGUUCCACAAAACUCACACAAAAUGGUGAUAUGCUUGAUCUUUUGAAAUGGAGAACCCAUCCAGACAAGAUCACAGGCUGUCUCUCCAAAUUAAAAGAAAUCGAUGGCUCAGAGAUAGUAAAGUUUCUGCAAGAUACACUGGAUACCCUAUUUGGAAUUUUAGAUGAAAAUUCCCAGAAAUAUGGGUCUAAAGUGUUUGAUUCUUUGGUUCACAUAAUAAAUUUGCUGCAAGAUAGCAAAUUUCACCACUUUAAGCCUGUAAUGGACACUUACAUUGAGAGUCAUUUUGCUGGGGCCCUUGCGUACAGAGAUCUCAUCAAAGUUCUCAAGUGGUAUGUGGACAGGAUAACAGAAGCAGAGCGGCAAGAGCAUAUCCAGGAGGUGCUGAAGGCACAAGAAUACAUUUUUAAAUACAUAGUUCAAUCCCGAAGGCUCUUUUCCCUUGCCACUGGUGGGCAAAAUGAAGAGGAAUUCCGCUGCUGCAUUCAGGAGCUCCUUAUGUCCGUCCGUUUCUUUCUUUCACAAGAGAGCAAAGGAUCUGGAGCAUUAUCUCAGUCACAGGCUGUGUUUCUGAGUUCCUUCCCGGCAGUGUACUCAGAGCUGCUGAAGCUCUUCGAUGUUCGGGAAGUGGCCAACUUGGUGCAGGACACCCUGGGUAGCCUGCCCACCAUCAUGCACGUGGAUGAUUCCCUGCAGGCCAUUAAGCUGCAGUGCAUUGGCAAAACUGUGGAAAGCCAGCUUUAUACCAAUCCAGAUUCCCGAUACAUUCUCCUGCCUGUCGUGUUACAUCACCUCCACAUUCACUUGCAAGAACAGAAGGACUUGAUCAUGUGUGCGCGUAUCCUUAGCAACGUAUUUUGCCUCAUCAAGAAAAACAGCUCAGAAAAAUCUGUGUUGGAGGAAAUAGAUGUGAUAGUGGCCAGCCUGCUGGACAUCCUGCUGAGGACCAUCCUGGAGAUCACCAGCCGACCCCAGCCAUCCGGCUCCACAAUGCGGCUCCAGUUCCAGGAUGUGACUGGGGAAUUUGUUGCCUGUCUCCUGUCCCUAUUACGACAAAUGACUGACAGACAUUAUCAACAACUUCUUGAUAGUUUCAAUACAAAAGAAGAAUUAAGGGAUUUCCUGCUGCAGAUAUUUACUGUGUUCCGAAUAUUGAUACGCCCAGAGAUGUUUCCAAAGGACUGGACUGUCAUGCGCUUGGUUGCUAACAAUGUGAUUAUUACAACAGUUCUAUACCUCUCAGAUGCACUUCGCAAGAACUUCUUAAAUGAAAACUUUGAUUAUAAAAUCUGGGAUUCCUACUUUUACCUUGCAGUCAUUUUUAUAAACCAGUUGUGUCUGCAGUUGGAGAUGUUUGCACCUUCCAAAAAGAAAAAGGUGUUAGAAAAGUACGGUGACAUGCGGGUGACAAUGGGUUGUGAGAUUUUCAGCAUGUGGCAGAACCUAGGAGAACACAAACUGCACUUCAUCCCUGCCCUGAUUGGCCCCUUCCUAGAAGUGACCUUGAUACCCCAGCCAGAUCUCCGAAAUGUCAUGAUUCCUAUUUUUCAUGAUAUGAUGGACUGGGAGCAGAGGCGGAGUGGCAACUUUAAGCAGGUGGAAGCAAAGCUAAUUGACAAACUGGAUAGCCUGAUGUCAGAAGGCAAAGGUGAUGAAACGUACCGGGAGCUCUUCAACAGUAUUCUACUAAAGAAAAUAGAGCGGGAAACAUGGAGGGAAAGUGGCGUUUCAUUAAUUGCCACUGUAACUCGUCUAAUGGAGAGGUUGCUAGAUUACAGGGACUGCAUGAAAAUGGGAGAGGUAGAUGGCAAAAAGAUCGGCUGUACAGUUAGCCUUCUGAACUUCUAUAAGACUGAACUGAACAAGGAAGAGAUGUAUAUACGCUAUAUCCACAAACUUUAUGAUCUGCAUCUCAAAGCACAGAACUUUACAGAGGCUGCCUACACUCUCCUGUUGUAUGAUGAGCUGCUGGAGUGGUCGGAUCGGCCCCUCAGAGAGUUCCUGACCUACCCCAUGCAAACAGAAUGGCAGCGCAAGGAGCACCUGCACCUCACCAUCAUUCAGAACUUUGACAGAGGCAAAUGCUGGGAGAAUGGCAUCAUCUUGUGCCGGAAGAUCGCAGAACAGUAUGAGAGUUACUAUGAUUACAGAAAUCUGAGCAAGAUGAGGAUGAUGGAAGCCUCUCUAUAUGACAAAAUUAUGGACCAGCAGCGUCUGGAACCAGAAUUCUUCAGAGUCGGGUUUUAUGGGAAAAAAUUUCCAUUUUUCUUGAGAAAUAAGGAGUUUGUGUGUCGAGGGCAUGACUACGAGAGGCUGGAAGCCUUCCAACAGAGAAUGCUGAACGAGUUCCCCCAUGCCAUCGCCAUGCAGCACGCCAACCAGCCUGAUGAGACCAUCUUCCAGGCAGAAGCUCAGUAUUUGCAGAUAUAUGCUGUAACCCCUAUUCCAGAGAGCCAGGAGGUCCUGCAGAGAGAGGGUGUUCCGGACAACAUCAAAAGUUUCUAUAAAGUGAAUCAUAUCUGGAAAUUCCGCUAUGAUAGACCAUUUCACAAAGGCACGAAAGAUAAGGAGAAUGAAUUCAAGAGCCUCUGGGUGGAGAGAACAUCAUUAUACUUGGUGCAGAGUUUACCCGGCAUCUCCCGCUGGUUUGAAGUGGAGAAGCGUGAAGUGGUUGAAAUGAGUCCUCUGGAAAAUGCAAUUGAAGUUUUGGAAAAUAAGAACCAGCAGCUGAAGACACUGAUUAGUCAAUGUCAAACAAGACAGAUGCAAAAUAUUAACCCCCUGACCAUGUGCCUGAAUGGAGUCAUAGAUGCUGCAGUUAACGGUGGGGUUUCAAGGUACCAAGAGGCAUUCUUUGUCAAAGAAUAUAUUUUAAGUCAUCCUGAAGAUGGGGAGAAAAUUGCACGAUUAAGAGAGCUGAUGCUUGAGCAGGCCCAGAUUCUGGAAUUUGGUUUGGCUGUGCAUGAGAAGUUUGUACCCCAAGAUAUGAGACCCCUUCACAAAAAGCUGGUUGAUCAGUUCUUUGUGAUGAAGUCAAGCUUAGGGAUACAGGAGUUCUCUGCUUGUAUCCAAGCCAGUCCUGUUCAUUUUCCUAAUGGAAGUCCUCGGGUGUGUAGGAACUCAGCACCAGCUUCCAUGAGCCCAGAUGGUACCAGGGUAAUUCCUAGGCGCAGCCCAUUAAGUUACCCAGCUGUCAACCGGUAUUCUUCCUCCUCACUGUCCUCACAAGCUUCUGCUGAAGUAAGCAAUAUUACAGGGCAAUCAGAAAGCUCUGAUGAAGUCUUUAACAUGCAGCCAAGUCCAUCUACCUCAAGCCUGAGUUCUACUCACUCUGCUUCACCUAAUGUGACAAGUUCUGCUCCAUCGAGUGCCAGAGCUUCUCCUUUGCUAUCUGACAAACACAAACAUUCCAGAGAAAACUCUUGCCUGUCCCCAAGAGAAAGACCCUGCAGUGCCAUUUAUCCAACACCUGUGGAGCCRUCUCAGAGAAUGCUGUUUAAUCACAUUGGAGAUGGGGCCUUGCCGCGAAGUGACCCAAAUCUUUCUGCCCCUGAGAAAGCUGUGAAUCCUACCCCUAGCAGCUGGAGCCUGGACAGUGGGAAAGAAGCCAAGAACAUGUCGGAUAGUGGGAAACUUAUCUCUCCCCCUGUCCCUCCAAGACCCACACAGACUGCUUCACCAGCAAGACACACAACAUCAGUAUCCCCCUCACCUGCUGGGCGGUCUCCAUUGAAGGGCUCUGUGCAGUCUUUCACCCCAUCUCCGGUGGAGUACCACUCCCCAGGACUGAUCUCCAACUCCCCGGUCUUGUCGGGMAGCUACAGCAGCGGGAUCUCCUCUCUCAGCCGGUGUAGCACGUCGGAAACCUCAGGCUUUGAAAAUCAGGUGAACGAACAGGCGGCCCCAGUGUCGGUGUCCAGCUACGCGGGGCCUGGACCCGAGGAGCCGGUGCGCAAAGAGAGCAAAACCCCACCCCCGUACAGCGUGUACGAGCGGACUCUGCGGCGCCCGGUCCCGCUACCUCACAGCCUCUCCAUUCCCGUCACUUCUGAGCCACCGGCCUUGCCCCCCAAGCCGCUGACAGCGCGCACCAGCCACCUGGAGAACGGGACCAGGAGGACUGAGCCCGGCCCGAGGCCCAGGCCCCUGCCCCGGAAGGUUUCUCAGCUCUAAGUCACUUUUCCAUGUACCUGCGAUGAAUACCUGGCCGUUUACAAAAUAAGACGUAUGAUGAGAAGACAUUUAGUGUAGGCACUUUAAUAACUUACUCAGAUCUUUCUUUACAUGAGUGGAAUUAAAACUUGCUUAUUAAUAUAAUGUUGCACAAUAUUAAAAGUUACUGAUCUAAAGCCCAGAUGUUACAUGAAGUAAUGGCUGAAUCUCUCUGGAACGUUUCUCCUAGUGGUAAAUAGUGAUAAAGACUCUUUUUGUAUCUUUUUAUGUUCGCUUUUUUUUAUAUAUAUAUAUAUAGUUUAAUCUUAAAACCAAUACAAUAUUGUCAAACAGUACAAUGUGUGAUAAUGUUGUAUACUUUUUACUGAAUACUUGAUACUCCGAGAAAGCUUAUUACCRUCAAUGCACAUCCUCACACAAUGGUCCUUACUUUAGAAGACUUCUGUAAAUAAGGUGAGGUUUCUGGCUCUUUCCGKGAGCAGAAUGUUCAGUGCACACCCUUGAAUUGAAAGGUUAAAGCUAGUUAGACAAUAUAUUAAGGGGUUGCAAGGAUUGGGACUAGAAGUCAUUUUGUUCUUGAAACAAAAUGUUUCUUUAAGGUUGUUUUUGAUGUUUGACAGCUGUCUGCAUUCUUAAAACUCCACCUUGUGAAUCAAUUGCUAAAUCCUUUAGUAUCCUGACACCAUGUUAUCUACUGUAUUUCUUUUCAAGGUGCAAUUUGCUUUCAGAGUACCAAUCAG